AUGAGUAAAGAAGAGUUUAUGAAGAUCCAGACUUGUGUUCUCAAAGUGAACAUUCAUUGUGAUGGUUGUAAGCAGAAAGUGAAGAAAAUCUUGCAUAAAAUUGAAGGUGUUUUCACGACCAAGAUAGACGCAGAGCAAGGGAAAGUGACUGUAUCUGGAAACGUAGACCCUUCUGUUCUUAUCAAGAAGCUCUUGAAAUCUGAACCAACCCAACUUGGCCAAUCAGUUCAAAGCCAUGCAAAUCGACCACGGCGGCAAAGGUGGUGGAAACAAUAA